AUGCAAAUAGUUAUUAAUAGGAUGGAAUAUAGAAAUGUGUAAUUAAUUUAAAACGGAUAAGAAGGAAAUCUGUAUUUGGCUAAAUAAAAAAAUCAAGAAGUUGUUAUAAAACACUUAUCUCUAAAGGAAAAAGAAAUAAAAAUUUUAGAAAAAUUGAUGUCUAAUCCACCAAGCAAUUUUGUAAAAAUAAUAGACUUUGAUAGAGAAUCCUACAUUGUAAUGGAAAAGGGCGAUGGCACUUUAAAAUAAUAUUUAGAGAGAGAAUAAUUUAAAUAAUUAAGCAUUCUAUAGAAAAUUAAAUUAUUUGAAUAAAUUGCAAAUGGAAUUUUGGAACUUCAUUCUAGAUAUCUAAUUCAUCGUGAUUUAAAACCUGAUAACAUAAUAUUUUUAUAACAACAAGAUCAAACAAUUUUAAAGCUUAUUGAUACUGGUUAGAUGGAUUAAUUAAGUGAUAAAGUUUUAUUCUUAUCAGAAUUUGCUGGAACUGAAAAUUAUAGAGCUCCAGAAUUUUUCUAAGAAAGAAUACAAUACAAUAAUAAAAUCGAUAUUUGGGCUCUUGGUCUCAUAUUUUAUGAAAUGAUUACAGGAUAAAGUUUAAUUUAAAAAAAGAAACAAAUUAAAGAUUCACAAUAUAUUAAAUCGAAAAUUGAAUCAAUUAAUAUGUUUAAAGAAAAUAUUCAAGAAUUGCUUUAUAAUAUGCUUGAGUAAUCUUAUUUUUAGAGAUGGUCUGCUCAAUCACUUAUGAAGGAGCUUUAGAGGGUUAUUGAAAUUAUGGAAUUGAAAGAAGGAUUAUAAAAAUCAAGAGAACAAUGUCAGAUUCUUUAAACUAAUUGCAUGUCUUUAUCCAAUACUAAUCUAACUUUGUAAAAUUAAAUAUCAAGUUCAACUCAGAAAAUAGAGUUUUUAGAUUUAAAAUUAUAGUAAUAAAUUGAGUAAUCUAAUAAUUAAGCUGCAACAAUAGAAAAGUAUCAAACUCAAAUUUAAAUUGCAUAGGAAAUGAAUUCUAAUUUUUAGCUUAAAAUUAAGUAAUUAGAAAAGUAAAAUGCAUAAUUAAUUAUUGAAUCAGAAAAACAUAAAUCUGAUCUAAUAAAACAAUUAGAAGAAAAAAAGAUGAAUUUGCAAUAAUAUAUAGAUAAAGAGAACAUGAAAAAUUAAUAAUAGAUUGAGUAAUCGGUCCAAUGCAAUCUAAUCCCUUUUAAACAUAAAAAAUUGGUUCUGUUUGGAUUUCCAGGAGCUGGUAAGACAUGGGUUUUUAAUAAAAUAUAAGGAUAAAGCUAAAGGAAUUAAAAUGAAAGUACUACAAACUUUUUUGAAUAUUUUCUUAAUGAAUAAAAUGUUACAAUAGUUGAUUCACCUGUUUUUUUAGAUUAAUCAAACUAUGAUGAAAGGGAAGAGACUUAUAACAAUUAUGAUUCUUAUUUUUAAAAAAAUUCAAUUGAUGACAUUGUCUUGGUCGUUUAAUAUGAAAGAAUUGAUUUGAUGAAACAAUAUCUAAAUCGCUGUCUAAAAAUUUUCAAAGAAAUUUCAGCCAUAAUUGUCACCAGGUUCGUUGAUACCUAGGUUAUAUCUUAGAACGAAGAAGAACAGGUUAGGGAUAAAUUUAAAUUUUGUAAUUCGUCCAUCUAUUUUACAAAUAAAAAUGCUAGCUAAACAGAUUUAUUAGAUAUCUUUUUUAAAAUAAAUUUUAACCAAAUAUCACCUUAAAAAAAUUAUUAAGACAUUUUUUAGAAAUAUAUCAAAUGA